AUACCGCCGGCGUCUGCGCGCGCUCGCCGGCUUCGCCCUACAGGCCGCCCCCCCUUGGGCCGCCCCCGCUGGCCGCCGCCCCCGCACUUCCAUAGUCUGCCCGCCGGGCGAUCAAGGCCACCGCUGCGAGCAGCCUCUGCCCGACACGCCCCGCCACAGCACGGCACAGGCCUUUCUAGCCACACGCCGCAUAACAUCAAGCCACGCCACGUCAAGCCAUUCACGUCACUUCAAGUCAACACUUCGUCACGUCAAGCC